AUGACCCUCAAGCUUGGUAGGAUAACCACAAUAGUCAUAUCAUCUCCAGAUAUUGCCAAAGAAGCAUUGCAGAAAAAUGAACAAGCCUUGUCUAGCCGACCAAUCCUAGAUGCUAUUCGUGCAAAUAAUCACCACAAAAAUUCAAUGGUAUGGUUGCCUGCUUCAACUCAUUGGAAAUUUCUUAGGAAAGUCUGUGCGAAGCAAAUGUUCACUCCGCAAAAACUUAACGCCAGCCAAGCCCUUCGUCAAGAAAAGGUGGAAGAAAUGCUAGAAUAUGUUCAAGAAAAUUGCAACAAUGGUCAUGUUGUUGACAUAGGGAGGACUGCUUUCAUAACGGUCCUUAAUUUAAUUUCAAACACCUUCUUCUCUUUUAAUAUAGCCAAUUACAAUUCUAAUUUCUCUCAAGAAUUCAGUGAUCUUGUGGUGGGUGUAAUGGAACAAGUUGGCAAGCCUAAUAUUGCAGACUAUUUCCCGAUACUUCGUUUAGUAGAUCCACAAGGUGUAAGACGAAAGAUGAAUAUUUAUUCAAAAAGAACAGCUCAAAUUUUCGAGAAUAUAGUCAACGACAGGACACAAGGUCGUUCUUCUUUGGUUGCAUCUAAGGCAAACCAUGAUGUACUUGAUGCCCUGCUUAUUCUAGCAAAAGAAAACCAUACUGAAUUUAGCUACAAUGACAUACAAGCUUUGCUUCUGCGGGCACUGACACUACUUCAAGCACGGUAG